AAAACCCUAACGUCUCCCGGCCUCCGGGCUUGAAGCCAUGUCCUUCUCUCCAUAACCCAAACAGAGCAAAUAAGCAAAUCCCAAACAAUUCACUCACAGCCACAGUCCACUUUCAGUAUUAAAACAACACGAUUCUCUGGAUAUUCGUUUGUUCUUUUUUGUUUUUGGCUUUCCCAGUAAUCAAACGAAAAACUAGAAUUGUAUUUCGCUACUUCUCGUUUUCAGUGUGUUUCAAUUCAGAGUUUCGGGGACAAAGAAUAAUUCAUUGGCCAUGGCAGCUCUGUUCCGUCGUAUGUCCAAAACCCAAAACUUUAGUCUUCUUUGUAGAAUCAAUAGAAGUUUCACUUCUUCUAUCUCAGCUCCAAUCCAGACAAAACCCUUUAGAGCUCCUUUUCAAGUGAGGUCAGUAGUGACUCCUGCUGAUGAUGUUGUGGGAUUUGAUGAGAUGGUUGCUGGGACCCAGCGGAAGUACUACAUGUUAGGUGGAAAAGGAGGCGUUGGAAAAACAAGCUGUGCUGCUUCCCUUGCCGUGAAAUUUGCUAGCCAUGGGCACCCUACAAUAGUGGUUUCAACUGAUCCCGCUCACUCCCUAAGUGAUUCAUUUGCCCAGGAUUUGACAGGAGGGAGGCUUGUUCCUGUUGAAGGAGCGGAUUCUCCACUAUUUGCUCUUGAGAUAAGCCCUGAGAAAGCUAGAGAAGAAUUUCGCAGUGGAAAUCAAAAGCCUGGUGGCAGUGGUGUCAAAAACUUUAUGGAUGGCAUGGGCCUUGGCAUGCUUUCUAACCAGUUAGAGGAAUUAAAACUAGGAGAGUUGUUGGACACUCCUCCGCCAGGUCUAGAUGAAGCUAUUGCAAUUUCCAAGGUUAUGGAAUUUGUUGAAUCCCAAGAAUAUAAUAUAUUUACGCGGAUAGUCUUUGAUACUGCACCUACGGGUCAUACACUUCGGCUUCUAUCCCUGCCUGACUUCUUGGAUGCAUCUAUAGGCAAAAUGAUGAAGCUGAAAAGGAAGUUAGCUUCAGCAACUUCAGCUCUCAAGUCUGUAUUUAGGAAAGAAGAGGCACGGCAAGAUACUUCUGAAAAACUGGAUGACAAACUUGGGGAAUUAAGAGAGAAGAUGGCUAGAGUGCGAGACCUUUUCCAAGACUCAGACUCCACUGAAUUUGUUAUAGUGACAAUUCCAACGGUUAUGGCAGUAAAUGAGUCAGCAAGGUUGCGUGCAUCCUUGAGGAAGGAAAGUAUUCCGGUUAGGAGGCUUAUUGUCAAUCAGAUUCUACCUCCAUCUACAUCAGAUUGCAAGUUCUGUGCAAUGAAAAGGAAGGAUCAAAGACGUGCACUUGAUAUCAUCCAGAAUGAUCCAGAGCUCAGUAGUUUGAGAUUAAUCCAGGCACCCCUAUUUGAUGUAGAGAUAAGAGGUGUCCCAGCUCUUAAAUUUAUGGGUGAUAAGGUUUGGAGAUAAAAUUUAUUUUUUGAAACCUGCAUCAUUAGGUAAUCUACCUAAAUUUUGAAAACCAUUUUCCCCCUUUUAUAUAAUUUACUUAAUGAUUCUCUGUUAAGUGGAUUUGAGGAAUACAAUCUCUAAUUUUUAGGGAAAUGCUCCCUGCACACACAGGUCCAUCUGAGAUUGACAGAAAUCAAACAGCAUGGGAUUAUUUGGACAUGUAAUUUACAUUGCUUCAAACCAGCAGGUGGUAUGGAGAUAUCAAUGCUGUAGCAUGCAAAUUGAAGGUAAAAGAAAUCCUGAGAAAAUUAUUUUUCAUGUUCCAUGUCCCAUGCUGUUAGCAUAUUUUCUGUAAUGUUUUCAUUUGGUGUUAUUAGAACAAUGUUCUAAAUAUUUAAAUGAAAUAUGAGACCCAGAAAGAGCAUUGUCUUGAA